AUGGUCGAACAGCAGCAACAUGACGCAACGUGGAAGAGAAUUCAACUGAAUACUUUCACUCGUUGGGUUAAGCAGAAGUUAGGACAGGUGAACGUAACGGUGUCUGAUUUGGUAUGUUUUACUGAUUUGAAAACCGAUUUUGAAGAAGGCCUUAAAUUGAUCCGUUUGAUUGAAGUACUCUCCGGAAAAUCAUUUGGUCGACAUAAUAAAAAAGUUAUAUUUCGUCAUCAAAAACUUGAAAAUAUUUCGCUUGCAUUGCAAUUUUUGGAGAAUGAAGAACAUAUAAAGCUUAUUAAUAUCGAUAGUUCAGCAAUAGCAGACCACAAUCUGAAGCUAAUUUUGGGUCUCGUAUGGAGACUUAUUUUACAUUAUUCCAUCUCAAAACAAGUUUGGGACCAUUCAAGUGGUGAAUUAGGAAGUAAUGAAAUAUCAGCUAAAGAAAAACUCUUGACUUGGAUAAGGGCAAAGUUACCAGCCGAACUUUCUGUUACCAAUUUCACCUUCGAUUGGAAUGAUGGAAUUCUCCUUGGUGCUUUGGUCGACUCUUGUGCUCCAGAUUUGAAAGUUGAUUGGCGAAAAUGGUUACCAUCAGAAGCUUUACAAUCAACUCAUACUGCGAUGCAGCUUGCUAAUGAAUAUCUUGGCGUUACUGCACUUAUUGAACCUGAAGAACUGAUCAGUCCGGCUGUUGAUGAGGAAAGUGUUAUGACUUAUCUUUCACAGUUUCCUGGUGCAAAAUAUACUCCGUCACUUGGUCGACUUCAUGAUGUUAUGUUGACGCCAGUAGUUGGAAUCACUACGAGAUUUACACUUCAAACUCGUGAUGCGAUGGUAGUUCCGGAAAUCUCCAUCAAAGGACCGGAUGAAUCUUCAGUCCAUUAUACCCAACGUCAACUUUCAGAAACUGUUUAUGAAUUCAGUUAUCAACCAGAAACUCCCGGCGAACACAAGAUUAUGGUAACAGUUCGUGAUAAUGCAUCUGGUGAUUCAGCUAAAUUGACAAGAACCAAAAUUAUGGCAGUUGAAGAAAUGGAUACCUCUUCGAUUUUGGUGGAUGGUCUUAAUAAUGAAGCCGUGACAGUUGGACAGAGAAAAGAUAUUGUUAUUGAUAUUGGAAAAUUGAAACCUACGAAAAAUGGCGUGGAAGUUAUUGUGGAGGAAAUUGGAAAAUUUGGUAGAUCAAAAUAUUUGAUACCUCUUGAACAUAAGCCUAAUUCAAACAUUUAUAGAGUACGAUAUAACGAAGAUGCAUCUAAAUGUCGAGCGGUUGGCAAAGGACUUGAACAUGCUGUUGUUGGUAUGCCAGCGAAAUUUUUAGUCGACGUGAAGGAUGGUGGGGAGGGCAAAACGAAAGUGUCGAUCAAAGGACCUUCAAAAGUGAAAACAAAUGUGGAGGAUAAUAAGAACGGUCUAUGCAUAGUAGAGUACAUUACAGAGACUCCUGGACUAUACGAAAUAAUGGUUUAUUAUGGAGAGAGAAAAAAACAAAUCCCAGGUUCUCCAUUCAUGUUGAUAGCCGAUUACGAGCGUGAUCCAUCGAAAAUUGUUAUAACGGAAAGCAAUAAUGGAAUUGUCCAAGUUGGAGUACCAAAUUCUCUUAUUGUUGAUGCUACACUCACUGCAUUAGAACCAGUGAGCGCGCGUCUUCCUGCUAGUUUUGAACAGCCGAUUGUUGAAGAAAUCAGACCUCGAGUAUAUCGAGUUACUUUCAUCCCAAACGCUACAACAAAUGAAACAAUAACAUUGGAACUUCUGUAUGGAGGCGAACUUAUUGGAAAACCGCUAAUUUUUGUCGUCAAACCUGAAGAGAAAUAUGUGAUAUUGAAAGAUCGUUCUGGAGGUUUCCUGCCAUCAACAGUGCAAGCCUCUGUUCAGUUUGAAGCCCUGAUUGACAUUACGAAAGCUGGGAAAAUUGAUGAAUUGGUUGCGAAAAUAAAAGGUCCAGAUGGUAAGUUGCGGAAAUCGGUGCUCACCGAAGACUGCGACAAGGGGAUAUAUUUAUUGGAUUUCGUACCAGAUUUGGCAGGAAUGUAUGUUAUCGUAAUAUACGUCAAUGGGAAACCGUUUGCAGACCCGUAUAGUCUGACUGCUGUACCUAUGGGUUUGGCAAAUAAAUGCUUCGUGGAAUUAUUUCUUCAGUAUUGGAAUUCAAUAUUUCAAUUUGUCUCGGAAAAAUCACGAACUCUAAGGCCUUAUAUAAAUAUUUGUGAUGUUGGUGUUGAUAUAUCAGAAUCACCUGAUAAGUUUUGGACUGUUGGCGAAUCAAAAGUUUUUGUGGUAAACACCAAGGAUGGAGGAGAAGGUGCAUUAAAUGCGCUUUCGGAUAGUGUUGAUUUAGAAACAAGAAUUGAGAAAAAAGAGGAUGGCUUUUACAUUGUAACACUUACGCCACAUGCUGAGGGGCGGCAUCGAGUUACGUUAUUAUAUGGAGGUGUUAAUAUACCUGACGCAAUAUUCGAUUUCGAGUGUGUUUCAUCUUGUUUGAGUGAGAAGAAUGUUUCUGGGCGAAUAGCGGAGUCUAAAGAUGACGAACAUCUGGCACCUCACAGUUUUCGUUUUGCUGUUGCUACAGAAUACCAGUUCGACAAACUUGCUGCUUGUGUUAAAAUGCCAUCUGGUACAGAUGAUAUUGCCUACAUUAAUUGUAAUGGAGACGGAAGUGUAACAGUGACAUAUCAUCCAAAAGAAUGUGGCAAUCAUCAGUUGUUUAUACAACAUGAUGGCAUUAACAUGUCCGGAAGUCCGAUUUCAUUUUAUGUGAAUGAAGCAGAUGAAGAAUAUGCGACAGUAUAUGGCCCUGGCUUAUUGCAGGCAGUUGUCGGUGAACCAGCAGCAUUUACAGUUUGCGCGAAAGGUUCACCCACCAAAAAUUUAUCUGUCGCUAUUGAAGGCGCGGCGAAAGCUACAAUCAAAUGUCAUGAUAACAAGGAUGGCACAUGCUCCGUAGUAUGGACACCCCCUGUGCCUGGGAGAUACAAAAUUUACGUUAAACUUUCCGGAAAACCAGUGAAAAAUUCCCCCUUCAUUGUAUUUGUGGAAGAGGAAGGUCAAAAGCGAGCACGUUUAUCUCUUAAAUCAACGGCAUUAGCGGAGAUUAUAAUUAAUGUUGAGAACACUGGAAUCGAAAACUUAUCAGCAUCAGUUAAAAGUCCAAAUGGGAUUGAGGAACCAUGCAUUAUUCGUCAGAUUGAUCCUACCCACAUCGGUAUUUCAUUCUUACCGCAUGAAUUGGGCGAACAUUUGAUCACUAUUAAAAAGAAUGGACAAAUUAUACAAAAAUCAUACAUUCCAGUUAAAGAUAUUAUAAAUCAAUCUGGAAAUGCAUCCAAAGUUGUUGUUAGUGGAGAAGGUAAAGCAAAUGCUAUUUGUCAGCAAGACAACAUUUUUACAAUUGAUACGCGUGAUGCUGGUUGUGGUAAUUUAUCAAUAUCAAUUCUGGGACCGUCAGAAGCAAAACUGAAAUGUAGCGAAAAUAAAGGAGGUCUAGCUAAUGUUGUUUAUAGACCUACCGAACCUGGAAUUUACAUUUUGUCUGUGAAAUUUGCUGGUGCGCAUGUAAAUGAUAGCCCAUUCACGAUUAACUGUACCGGAAAGGGGUUGGGAGUCGAGAAAGAAAGCGCCAAUUUGAGAAUGAAAGAGGCGCCAAUAGUUUUACCCGGACAAAAUACUGCUAUAUAUUUGCAACUGGAAAAUAUAUCACUAAACGACACAAAAGCAAAAAUCGUUGAUCCUAAUGGAUGCAGCAAAGAUAUUAAAAUUCGUGAUCUUAGUGACCAUCUUUAUCGCAUUGAAUUCACCCCUGCAGUGGAUGGUCGGCAUGCAAUUUCCGUUUUCAACAAAGGAAAACAUGUUUCAGGAAGUCCCUUCCAGUUUACCGUAGGACAUUUGAAUGAAAUGGGCGCACACAAGGUACGAGCAGCAGGAAUCGGAUUGAAGCGAGCAGAAAUUAAUAAGAAACAAUCUUUCAAUCUUUACACCCGAGAGGCUGGACGAGGAGAACUUGAAAUAACGAUGGAAGGGCCAUCAAAAGCCGACUUGCAGUUUCAUGAACACGAGGAUGGAAACUGUCAUUUGUGCUAUAAAAUUACAGAGCCGGGAGAAUACCUUAUAUCAGUCAAAUUCAAUGCUGAACAUAUACCAGACUCACCAUUCAAAAUGUUUGCUGUUGCUACAGUUGGAGAAGUUCGACGUUUGGAAUUAACAUCACUCUCAGAUUCUGGAACACUGGGUGAAAUAUGUUCUUUUAUAAUAAAUACGCAUGGUGCAACAGGUCAUCUUGAAGCGAAGCUUCAUACGCCAAGCAACAGGAUUGAAGCAGUUGAUAUCCUUCCAAUUGAUGAAAGUGAUUCAUACUGCGUACGAUUCAUUCCUAUAGAGACUGGAGACUAUUACGUUGAUGUGACGCUUGAUGGUACACCUAUGUAUGACUCACCUUUUCGAUUUCGAAUUGGCACAGGCUGGAAUAAUGAUCCAUCAGUAAUAACAGUGGCUGGUGACGGUAUUCAUGGCGGACAAACUGGCGAGCUUUCUUCAUUUAUUAUCAAUACUUGCAACGCCGGAAUGGGUCUUCUCCAAGUCUGGUUUGAUGGACCAUCGGAAGUUACCUUGAAUGCAUGUGAUGUUAAAGGUUACAAAGUGUGUUACAUUGCAUUAGCACCUGGACCAUAUUAUGUGACUAUCAAAUAUUCAGGUAUUCAUAUUCCUGGUUCCCCAUUCAAGAUUGUUGUAGAGGGUAAAAAACUUGAUGAUAGCAAGCCAGGCAGUACAUCUUUGAAGAUUGAUGCGCGCGCUAGAAUCAGAAAAGAUAUCAUUAAACAGGCUCCAGUUUUUUUCGGAGAUGCAAGCAAAGUUGUAGUGACGGGCCCUGGAUUGAACAAAUUUUUUCCUGGUCACUUGGCCGUCUUCAACAUCGAUACAAGUCUCGCAGGAGACAAUAUUUUGUAUGUUGGUCUACUCACAUCGAAAGGGCCAUGUCAACAAAUUGCUUUGCAAUAUACUGGUAAUGGCCAAUAUCUUGUCAAAUAUCUUAUUGAGGAAGAAGUCACAGGUUUUAUUUUUAUCAAGUACGGCGAUGUCAGUGUAGCAGGCUCACCGUUUGCUAUUUCAUUUUAA